GCAGUGCACCAGCGACCCGGGGCGACCUGGGGUGGGGGUGCGGUCAGCCCAAGGUCACUUGACCCAGUCAGUCUCCGGCCAACUCUGCAGCUCGGUCCAGCCCUGCCCUUGGGGAGCCGGGGAGGGGGGAGAGGCUUUUCUGGGGCUCCUUCAAAGAAGAACUUGUACUUUUCUGAGAACGACGCCCCCAGACCUUGGGGUGUGCCCUUCUCUGGCAAAGGGCGGAGGCCCUGGCUGUGUCUCCGCGUGCUUCCGCCGCAGGAUGCCGGCGUCCGCCCGCCUGGCGGGAGCGGGGCUGCUGCUGGCCUUUCUCGGCGCGCUCGGCUGCGCUGGGCGGGCCCCAGGUUUGAGCAUGGCAGAAGGAAACACUCUGAUAUCAGUGGAUUACGAAAUUUUUGGGAAGGUGCAAGGGGUGUUUUUCCGCAAGCAUACUCAGGCUGAGGGUAAAAAGCUGGGAUUGGUAGGCUGGGUCCAGAACACUGACCGGGGCACAGUGCAAGGACAAUUGCAAGGUCCCAUCUCCAAGGUGCGUCAUAUGCAGGAAUGGCUUGAAACAAGAGGAAGUCCCAAAUCACACAUCGACAAAGCAAACUUCAGCAAUGAAAAAGUCAUCUUAAAGUUGGAUUACUCAGACUUCCAAAUUGUAAAAUAAUGGCCUGAAUUUAAGUUUUCUAAGAUAAACUCAGUGGUUUGGUUUUUAUUGUUAAUAGAGAUAGAACUAUUGUGUGUUAAUAUUAGCAUUAGUCAGUAAGUUAUUUUAAUGUCAGAUUUUUGAAUGUUAUUAUAUAUUACCUGUAUGAUGGAAGGAUUACAACUGUACACUAAUCAAUAAAAACGUUAGAACCUUC